AUACAAUGGAGAGGUCUACAACGUUUCUUUCAAGUUUCUCAACAAAAUGCAAGUAUUUAUGAACAUUACUCAACGAGGGGGUCAUGACUCGGAACCCGCUAGAAACUUCGCUCAACACUCUCUAGACUUCCCCUGCAUAAAUUCCCGCACACGUGCCUGUACUUGUAACCAUAGACUUUAAUGGAAGACUGUCGUGUGGAAACUACAACAUAUUAAAUAUAGUUCUAAAGUUACUAGCAUACUGAGGUGUGCUGAUAUUGCCGUAUGGACGAACGCUCCGAAGACGUUGUUGUUACCACACAUCACUUAUAUCGCAAGUCGGAGCGAAUAGGGGUUGGAGCAUCAUGCGAGGUUUACAAAGGCAUACACAAGGAUACAUGCAGAACCCGUGCUUUGAAGGUAUUCAUAACAUCAUUUUGGGCUGGCUCCUUAGAACUCCAUAGAGAGAUAAGCGCACUACAAAAGCUGAAGCAUAAGAAUAUUGUCGGCUAUUACGGUCAAGAAGAAGAGAUUAAUAGUGGAAGAAGGAUAAUCGUCCUGGAACUGUGUAGCGGAGGCAGCCUCCACAGUUGUCUCCAGGAACCAGAACAUGUGCACGGUCUACCAGACAAAGACUUCCUGCUGUUGAUAGACCACCUGGGUGCCGGAAUACAAUAUCUAAAUGGAGAGGGAUUUCUACAUCGCGACAUAAAGCCAGGGAACGUGCUGUUGGAUGUAGCAUUAGACGGAACGAUUACGUUCAAACUGUCAGAUUUCGGAACUAGCCGCCAAAUAGCAGACGGCGAAGAAUUUUUAUCACUUGUUGGAACUGAAGAGUACCUUCACCCUGACAUGUACGAGAGAGCGUUCGUAAACAAGCAGAAACCAGCGGGCUAUAACAGCAGUGCCGACGCCUGGAGCCUCGGCUGCACUCUCAUUCACGCAUGCACCGGGGACGUGCCAUUUAAACCUUUUGGUGGUUCACGACAUAACAGAGACACUAUGUUUCAAAUGAUAAAGCACAAACCUCCAGGAGCAAUAUCCGGUGUUCAGAUCGUACAGCAUGGCGCCAUAUCAUGGAGAAAAACUCUCCCCGACACAUGCAACAUAACCAAGAACCUCAGACAGAAAGUUGAACCAGUGAUUAAUGAUUUGUUGCAAUGCUCCAGCCGGAUUACAAGCUUCCUCAUAAACAGCUCCAAACUUCUACAGAUGAUACUUGUUUUUGUCAUCAAUGCCGAUGAGGCCACACAGAUUUCACUAUACAUCCCUCCAUGUUUGAGCUAUGAGGAACUAAUGGACCAGUUAGCUGCAAUCUUGGACGUUUCAGCACACUCACAGCUGUCAUUUGUGAAAGGUCAACUUUUGUCUCACCUUAUGAAAGAUAAUUCUACCGUUGGUGCCGUGAUAGAACCAGGAGACGUUAUCAUAGCCAUGUCUUUGCGAGACGUGGACGCCAUGGCUCAUUCCCACGAUGGCAUUGAUCCAUAUCCGGGAUUUCCGGAAGCACCGUCUCCACAAGAAGAUGUAAAAGUCGCUUUGAAGUGCAGUACCACGGUCUUCAAAAUACGUGAGCUCGUUACUGAUUCAGUUCUAAUACAGCGACAACUUAAGAACGCAGCGUCAUUCUUGAAGUCGCAUUUACAGUCUGUGCUGGAGAAAGUGGAGAGAUUUGUCGGGAGACUGACAAUGAAAUGUGAUGAGAUGGCUUCCAGACUUAGAUUACUGGCCGAAAUGGAGGAACAGAGAAACAGGUGUACUCAUGUACCAAACACGUCAGUGAUGCACAGGUCUAAAACCGCCCACGCACUAAGUGCUAGGUAUGUGGACCAAAACAAUAAAACGUAGAAAUGGUUUCACGUAGCUGUCCUCUGGUAAUUGCAUGAACAAUAGUUCCAUUUGAUAGUUGGUCGCGCAAGACCAAUUGUUUCGUCUACACAUUACGUUUAGGACACUAUUUACAUAGUUGUAACUAGUUAUGCAAAAUGAAAUGGAUUAUACAAACAUUUUGUAGCACAACUUAAAAAUAGUUUAAGCCAUUUUUCCACUUUCAGAAGUCUAGUAUAGUAUAGUAAAGUCUGAACAUAUCGAAGUAUAU